AAACUUUGAAUUCAAUCAUGUCUGGGCGUGGCAAAGCAGGUAAGACCAGAGCAAAGGCGAAGAGUCGCUCUUCCCGUGCUGGUCUUCAGUUUCCAGUCGGUCGUGUCCACAGACUGCUCCGCAAGGGAAACUAUGCUCAACGUGUGGGUGCUGGCGCCCCAGUCUACCUGGCGGCCGUGCUCGAGUACCUGACCGCCGAGAUCCUGGAGUUGGCUGGAAACGCGGCUCGCGACAACAAGAAGACCAGAAUCAUCCCACGUCACCUGCAGCUGGCCGUCCGCAAUGAUGAAGAGCUCAACAAACUUUUGGGCAGAGUCACCAUCGCUCAGGGCGGCGUGUUGCCUAAUAUCCAGGCAGUUUUGUUGCCCAAGAAAACCGAGAAGGCGGCUAAAGCCAAGUAAAGACUGACGGAAACUUCAACGCCCAAAAAGGCUCUUUUAAGAGCCACACACUCUUAUCAGAAAGAGCACAUCAUUCCUGAAUUCUUAUUAAGGCCAGAUGAGCUAUUGAACAUAAAUGUUCAGAUUUUGACUAUAAUAAAUUAAUCAAGCCGCUUCACAAGUUAGAAAUCAAUACCAAUGACAAUAUGUAUCCAUAAACAUAUUGGUUUAUUAUAUAUUUAUUAUUGCUUAUUGCAAUUCAGCACUAGUUCUUAGAAGAAAAAAAAAUCGGUUUCCAGAAAACACCUGGGGGGGGGAUA